AUGGUUCCCUCGUUCAUCCUACUUGCGGUAACCUGGACCCUCUUGUGUCCCCAAAUCUUUGUUUUCGCCCAGUCUCAGGCCUUGAAAGAUUGUAUAGUCAAGGCACUCGAUGGCAAGUCCGGUCAGGCUGCGUUUUCGAACAAAUUCCUGUUCGAUCUUCUGGACGUCAAGAGAUACAACCUGGCCUACGAUACUGAACCCGUGGCCGUGACGUAUCCGGAAACGGCUCAACAGGUCAGCGCGGUCGUCAAAUGUGCCGCCGCUGCCAACGUUUUCGUCCAGGCAAGGAGCGGCGGGCAUUCCUUUGGCAAUUACGGUCUUGGAGGGGAUGACGGGGCCGUUGUGGUCGACACGAAAUACUUGAACAAACUUACCUUUGAUCCUUCCGACAACACGGCACACCUCGGACCGGGAAACCAUCUCGAGGACGUCAACGAAUUCCUACUGGCAUACGAUCGCCUGGUCCCUCACGGGGAUGCCCCCCAGGUCGGGGUUGGUGGGCAUUACACCAUUGGUGGCCUUGGCCGUAUUUCGCGCCAAUUCGGAGCCGCCACCGAUCAAAUCAUUGACGCCGAGGUCGUCCUAGCGGACGGUUCCAUCAUCACAGCUUCCUCCACCCAGAACGAUGACAUUUACUUUGCCAUUCGCGGUGCCGGAGCUUCAUUCGGCAUCGUCACCGAUUUUCACGUGCGAACCCAUCCCGCUCCUGGAAACGCGAUUGCAUACACUUAUAAUGUCACCCUGGGAGAUGCAAAACUCCAAGCAUCGGCCUUCAAAGCCUGGCAGAAACUCAUUUCCGACCCCAAGCUGUCCUUGAAAAUCUCCACUCAAUUCAUUGUGUUCCCUUUUGGUUCCAUCAUUACCGGAUUUUUCUUCGGCAGCGAGAAGGAAUUUAGCGCCCUCGAUCUCCAAUCUGCCAUCCCGGGUCUCGAUGUACCGGCCAACAAUAUCCGUGUGGUGGAUGCGGCCAUUGCCGUCGGUCACGAUCUCUCGGAGUUGGGACUCGAUCUCCUCGGCGGUCUUCCCACCAACUUUUAUUCGAAAUCACUCGCAUUCAACGAGAGCACGCUGAUGACGGACGAAGGCAUCGACGCCAUGUUCCAAUACUUUGGUGCAGCAUCAGGCAAUCUCGAACUCCUCGGUGUACCCUGGUUUGUCAUCUUUGAUCUCGAAGCAGGAAAGAUCAAUGAAGUCGCACAGGAUGCCACGGCGUAUGCAUUCCGCGACGCGAUCUACUUUUUACAAAGUUAUGCCGUUGAUCUUCUCGGCUUCUUCACCAAACAACAACGCGGGUUCUUGGACGGGCUGAAUCAAGUGAUUCUCGACAAUAAUCCGAAGGUGGAAGGCAGCUAUCCAGGCUACGUGGAUCCCCUUUUACCGGAUGCGCAGAAGCAGUAUUGGAGAGGCAAUUUACCUAGAUUGCAAGAGAUCAAGGCAAAACGAGACCCGAAGAAUCUCUUUAGAAAUCCUCAAAGUGUCAAAUCGAGAUAG